UUUUUUUCUCUAGACCAUGCAGGCUUAAAUGAUUGCUUCAUAUGUGUAGAUUAGAGAGAAUGAUGUGUGUGUGUGUGUGUGUGUGUGUGUGUGUGUGUGUGUGUGUGUGUGUGUGUGUGUGUGUGUGUUUUGUACUUGGGGAUUUCAGAGGGAAUUCUUUUGCCUGUUUUCUAGAGUGAAUUUGGUUCCGAGUAGUAAAUCCCGUCGUCUGAGAAUUCUACCCAUUCACUAGUCAACUCAUCUGUAAUCACAUAUGCACAUGUAUGUGCGGUUGGGAGCAGCAAGAGUGAUGACUGCGCCAAGUGUAGCACUGGGCAGUUUUCCAUGAGGCAUCUCUCAUGCAGAACCUACGGUUUUCUGAGUCUCCUCUUUAGCUAGCACCACUGCCAGCUGUAGGAAAGGACAGUUACGUUCCCACAAUGUGUAAUUAUGCAUCACAUUUAACAUUCACCUGACUCACUUCUAAGCAAUUAUGUAUAGUUACAAACGAGAAAUUAGAACACUCAGUAUCUGCCAUUUUGUCUCAGGAGUUUAUUUAAAAGAAAAUGUUGAAAGUUUAGUUAUCAUUAUGCUAGUAAUGAUGCAUAUUGAAGCUCUUCACAAUUUACAAAACACAUUCACAUCCAGUUUCUCAGUUUUUAUCUUAACCAUCUCAAGACAGGCAGAGUGAAUUGUCAUAACAGUAUUGUUUUCCAGAAGGCUAUUUGAGGCGUAAAGGAGUGAGAUGACACACUGAAGCCCAUUCACUGCUGACUUGAAAGGAUGGAACUCAGAUUCUCUUUGCUUCGUUUUUAUUUAGUUUGUUGUUCUGAAGACAUGGUCUUCAUGUAGUCUGGGCUGGGCCCAAACUCAGGAUCCUCCUGCCUCCACCCCCAGCACGUUGCGAUUACAGGCAGGCCUGUGCCGCUGCUCUGAGCGCUAGCUGUUCUUACACUCACCGUCCUGCUGCAUAAGCGGUUACCGUUGUAUAAGCGGUUGUCAUUGUUAUAAGUAGAACAUUUACUUGGCUUCUGAAAUCUACUGCAGAAUACAGCGUGCAUAAAUUUUAUAUUUUAAGGUUUAAUCCAAAAAUGAUAAUACUUAUAAACUUGCUUUUCACAGCAUUCACCUGCUCCUACUGGGCCCUGGUGACAUUUGUUUUUUCUAUGGAAAACUUCACAACACCCAGUUCUUCAUUCUUAAAUGCUCAGCUCAUGUCCCAUUUCCUCCAGACAGUACUUUUCUACAGUCCUAACCAUAAGACUGACUAAAAUAAAUUUGCCUUUGUGUGCGUGUAUGUGUGUGUGUGUGUGUGUGUGUGUGUGUGUGUGUGUGUGUGUGUGUGGUAGGGGAGCUUUUUUCAAAGGACAGGAUCUCACUAUGUAGCUCAGGCAAACCUUGAACUUGUGGCCGCUCCAUCCCCACCUUCCUCCUGGCUCUUAGUUAAAUCUUCUCAGGCCUCCAUGGGGUCAGUUUCCUCUAUAACACUAACUUAGAAAUGAUUGAUGAGGACUCUGCAAAAGUUUAUACCUUAAUUAUUACUUUUCUUCGUCACCUCCUUCCUCUCACACUGCUAUGUCUGCCUGCACAAGUUUAGAGAGGCACAUAACACAUCGAGACCAUCUGGUCAUCCUUUAAAAGCAAUGGAUUAGGAAAGGAAUUUGGAACAAACCAUACAUCUUAAAUUUAAAAAGAAAUGGAACUCUUUCUCAGGUUGGAUGGCUUGAGGGGAAUAAGACACCUGAAAAACAUGUACAGGAAGUUGUACAACUUAAGAGAGACCACAGGCCACGUUGAAAAUCAUUCACUAAGUAACUAAUGAUACUCAGAAGCAUCUAGAGCCACCGGAGCUGAGGGUCCUGAACUGGUGGUAGAACAGUCUUGACGCAGAAAGACACUACAGUCAUAUCUAGGGAAGGGCAAGGAACUUGUGCUGAUAUUAACUUGUUUCAUGCAUGUUUAAUGUGACCUGGAAUCAGAAAAUAUUUGAUAGAUAGAAAAUAUAGCUAUCAUUCUUAGAUAAUUGAGUUUCUCUCCUGUAGCGGUAAAUAGUUAAACUGGGAACUCCAUCCCACACUAGUGCCUAGUGCGGCACCAUCCGGCAAUAUGGCGUCAGUGGUCUCAUUUGGUCAGCCAGACUCUGCAGUCCCUCUGGCCCAGAGUUUUCAAAUCGUCUCCACCCGACUCCCAACUCAUUAAGUUCCCAAUUUCCAUCCCAUGCUAUCUCUGGCUCUCUGGGCCCUGGGGUGAUCUCUUUGCCUCCAUGACUAGCCCCAUCAGAGGCUGUCUUCUAUCUGUGGGUCUCUGCUCACAUUCCCAGCAUCUGCCCCCUGUGGUUAUAGUCAUAGCUCCCAGUAACCCAUUAACAUCAAAACUCUAGAAGCUUAUAAUUUAUCAAUUAGGUUUAUAUCAAUAAAUUCUCACUCCACAAAACUUCCACACAAUAGGCUCAGAGUCAAUUAAUAUUGACAUAAACUGCCCACCUAGAUAAGACAGAUUGUCCUGUAAUGUCCAUCCCUUAUGAAAUAUUCGUAGUUACCUGUGGUCAUUAGGGCCACACAGAUCUGGGUCGUCCUCCUAGCCUCCAUCUUGGUUCUUCUUCCACCUUCUCAUCCCUCCCACCUUCCAAAAACUCUGUCCCCACCUUUCUUUUUCAUUGUCCAAUCACAGGCCUUGCCUUAUCUUGUGCCUGCCCUUAGCUACAUAUAGGCAUCAAUCCUCUCUCUCUCUCUCUCUCUCUCUCUCUCUCUCUCUCUCUCUCUUUUUAAUGUGGGGGUGGGUAGGAUGGCUCCUGUGUGAACAUCGGAGGACAACUUAGUUCUUUCCUUCCAUUGUGUAGGUUUCUAAAUUGUGAUUCUGAGAUCAGUUGCUUAGCUUCCCGCGCCCUCCUGGACUGAAGCUCCUUGAAGUGAGGGAAAAUGUUUUGGGUUCACCCACACUACCCCAUCCAGUAGGAUUGCAAGAAAUAGCUUUUGAAUGCUAGGGUUGGGGAGUUCUAGCUUCCUUCUUGCAGGUCCUCAUCACAAUGUGAUUUAACAUCGUGAAUUUCCUCAGAACCCUAAGAAAACACUUUAGCAUCAGAGAGGAUAAAAUCUUUUAACUUUAGUAACUUACAGAGGGCAUAGAAUCAGCAUGGGAAGUUCAUGGAGGUAGCCACAGCUUUUCUUCAUUUUGUUAUCGUGUGUGUGUGUGUGUGUGUGUGUGUGUGUGUGUGUGUGUGUGUGUGUGUGUGUGUGUGAAGAUUGUUAUUACUUUGUGUGAUCAUGUUCCCAUGAGCAAUGUUGGAAACGAGGUUAUCUGAGGUAAAGCAUCUAAGGAAGUGGAUGCACAGCUCGUUCUGAUCACCCAGAGCCAAGUCUCCUGGAACCUCUCUACCCUGCAUGCUCUGCUAUGCCUUCUCCUCCCCUGCAGGGAAUGCGUGUUGUCCUGUUGACCUCAUUGACUUCUAACUGAAACAUUUAGACUUUACUAUCUGUUUGUUCAGGACUUUGUUUCAAAUUCCCUCUGAACUUGUAGAGCCUUUACUAGCAAAUUAGCUUUUGUGUGGUAAACUCAUUGUGUAGUAAAACUAAAAGGAUGACCGUUUACAUGAGACCGAUUUCUAGAUUGAACAGAAAAUGCAGUAUGUCCAAGUCUGACAUAUAAAAAAAAAUUGUUGUGACUCUUAGAUAAAAUGAGUGUUUGUUUUUAAAACUUGCCAAAAAGAUAUGCAACAUCAAAAACGACUCAUGAAAACCCUGUGUUUUCACCAAAUUUGUACUAUAUUUGGGUACAUUUAACUAUAAGAAGAUAUGGUAUCAUUAUCCAGAAGAAGAAUCCAGGGUGAGUCCUUGGGAGACUGACAUCAGAACUCUGCUGUAGAUUGGGAUAGAGACAAGAUAAAUAGAUGGGAGUUUGGGAGUUUCUUCUUUGUUCUUGUGUCUUUGGGUGCUGAAGUGGAACCCGAUAAGGCCAGGCAAGCAUACUGGGACUGAGCUAUUCCUUAGUGCUCUCCUUUUUUUUUUUUUUUUUUUUUUUUUUUUAAUGUUGAAACAGAGGCUCACUAGGUACCCAGCUGGCCUUAAACUCACUCUGUAGGCCAGAGAGCCCUUGAACUCUCGACUCUCCAGCCUCAGCUUCCUGAAUAGAAGGGAUUUUAGACCUGCCCUUCACCAUCAGGAUCCGAUCAACUUUAUUAAAUUUUCCAAACUGUACACACGCUUUGAUUGUUUACUGUCUUUAUUUCUAAACACUUGAAGUGACAACAAAAUACAAAAUUGCUGUUCUGCACACACUCAAAAUAAAUCUUUAAGUAGCAGUUAAUGUUUUCUGAGUAUAUCUUAAAACAUACACAUGCAUGAGCUUGCAGUCACCAAAUCACCCGUUCAUUCACAGAUAAGCCUACUGAUUCCAUCCUUUCUCUUUUUAAAGCAGGGCCUUCCAUAACCCAGCCUAAUCUCAGACUCAGUGUGUAGCCAGGUCAGCCUUGGUUCCUUGAUCUUUCUUGCUUCCAUGUUCCACGGCUAGGAUCCAGCCCGCACCCUCACGUCUACCCUUGAUUCUAUAUAUUGACCUUUGAAGUGAACCACAGUGAGCGUGGAGCGCAGAAGCCCCGGCAUCCUGAGUUCAUUUCUUUUGGAUGCAUGCCCAGCAGUAGAGUUUCUGGAUCACAUGGUGCAUUUACUUUUGGGGAGGAAACUCUACCUUUUCCACAACAACUCUACCAAAUUUGCAUUUCCCCAUUGUGUGCUGCUGAUCACGAUUGCCUAUUUUUAACCACUGUGUGUCUUCUUUUAAAAAGAUCUAUUUCUCUGCUCAUUUUAAAAUAUAAAUGACACCUAAAACUUUGGUAGUGCAUGUGCGUAUGUGCAUGAGUGUGUGUACUACAAUAUACAUGGGAAGGCAGAGGACAACUUUUGAGAGUUCUCUCUUCCCAUGUUGAUUCCCAUGAUCAAACUCAGGUCCGCGGGUUUGCCAGCAGGCACAUCCACUUACCAACCAGUUUCCCUUGCCCUCUUUGCUCAUUUUAAGAUCAGACCAUUUUGUUAUUUUUUUUUAUUAUUAUUUUAUACUGGUUUUGUCUGUGUUGUGCUAUUGAGUUGUGUGUUAUUUGCUCAUUUUGAUUCCUUCUAAUAGGCCAUUUAAAAUCACUAAAUGAAUUAUAAGAAAGUUUAAUCCAUAACACUGUGCAAAAAGUUAUCUAUAUAUACUUAUUUCAAAAUCCUCCCUGCAUUUGUAGAAGAGAAGAAGUUGAGAUUAGAAGGAGGAAAAGUCUGGAAAGCAAAAGAGGGUAGGGAAAUUCGGAGUCUUCGAAGUGUUUGCCUUAUCUGAGACAGCAGGACCUGACCUAGCAGACAAAGGCCAGAUCAGGAAGCCCUCCCAACCCCCUCUUUCUUUUCCCUCUCUUCUUCUCUCCUCUCCUCUCCCUCUCUUUUCUCUCCCUUCCCUCUCCUCUCUUCUCCCCUCCCACUCCUCUCUUCUCUCUCUCUCCUCACUCUUUCCUGUUUCUCUCAUCUUUCUGUCCUUUCCUCUCUCUUCCUCUCCUCUCUCCUCUCUUCCUCUCUCCCCACCCAUAUGUGUAGGCAUGCACAUAGAACUUGCAUACCUGCAGACCUCAGAAGACUAUGGAGUGUCAAUCCUUACCCGCCACCUUGUUUCAGACAAGGCCUCCUGAGGUCUGCUACACAGUUCUGCAUGACUUGAGAGGGUUUGAACUCAGGCCCUCAUGCUUGUUCUCCGUCCACUGUUCCCACUGAGCCAUAUUUCACCCAUUCCUCCAUGUGAACUCUCUUGUUGCUGUGUGAAGUAAUUGUGUAUUGAGGGGUUUUCCUUGAGGGGUGAUAAAAAUCUACUGAGAGGGUUAAUGGGUAAUUACCAUAUGAAAGAUUGUCCUGUUUACAGUCUAGAAAAUGAAUUGAUAACAAGGCCAAUACAGAAGCUACGGAAGUAAUUCAAAUUAAACUUGGGGGUCAAGAUACAGAGGAUAGAGAACAACAAAUGGGGACAGAGAAAUUCAGAAAACAAGUUAACCAGAGACUUUGCAAUUUGAUGGAUGUUUAAAUACAGAGAAUAUUUCAGUCAACAGAUAGUAGGGAUCAGAAGUUCUAAUCACUCCCAGGUAUCAAGAGCUUUGUCAUGAGAGUUCCCACUAGAAUUCAUCAACAGUCAUAUAAAAGGCUGGAGAGAAGGCUCAGUGGUUAACCACUCUUAUCUGGGACCUGAGUUUGUUUCCCAGUAUCCAUUACAUAGCUUAUCUAUAACUCUAGUUCCAGGGGCCUUGGCAUCAGGAAGCAUCCAUACAAACGUGACAAACACACUUCCACAUAAAUGAAAAAUACAUCUUAAAAAAGGUGAAUAUUUGUUAACUUUGCGUUGGAAAAUAAAGUGUUUGCCGAUGACUUUAUAGUGAGCUCAUGAUUAGAAACACAGGAUAAUUAUUUGUGAUGGGACCCAUACCUUUUCAGAGCUGUAAUUAAUUUCCUUAACUGACCCUGUGAUAUUUUACAAGUUAUAAAAUAAAAUUGCAGCUUUAAUACUUCCUCAAAGCGGAAUUCGAGCUAGAACCUAAAUUAUCAAUAGCAAAAAUGUAUCAAUCUAGCAUUGACAAUACUAAAUUACAAUGAAAUUGUCCCCAUGAACGCAUCAGUCAAUGCAAAGGUCUCUCUGUGUCAGGCUUUGGUUAGUAAUCUUUAAUUUAAUCCUCACACUCUCACAAACAUGACAACCACAUACACACAUAAAUACAAAUUAUGAAGUUGAUGUUAGUACUUUACAAAUAAUUCCAAGUCAUAAUAUGCUUUAAAUCCUCAUAGCUGUGAGCAGCAGAACUGAGCUCUGGUCGAGCACAUCUGAUACCACAGGCAGUACUUACAACUCAUGUCAGCCUGCCCUCCCACGAUCCACAGGCAUCUCAUGGACAACAAGCCUGGACAAAUAGUGUGGAGGUAAAGCACACAUCCAGCAAAUCCAAUAAUUGUUAAUUUUAGGUUUGGUUUACACUGUAGAUCUCCCAAAACUACCUUCUUUUGAUAUCGUCACAAAAAAAAAAGAUUAGAAUUUCAAAAUUUGGCUUUUGUAGGGACACAGUAUGCAGUGGUAUUUUUAAGUUUCCUCUAACUAUUCUUUCAAAGCUGAAAUAAGUUAACAAGUCAUCAUAAGUCAAUUAGCAAUUAGCAUAAUCUACGAUGUUCAAAAAAUAAUUAGCAAUUGUCUUUUCGUGGGAUUGGGAAAUGUUACUUUGUGCUGGGACAAGCUUCCAUGGGCAGAUUCUCUAAAUCUCAGUCACAAAAGCUUCCACACAUUUGUACUGCACUCUGCCAAGCAGGUUAUUGUCAUAGCUCAUAGGGUCCAUAGCUGAUAAGGCCUUCAUAUCAGUGUAUUGAGUAUGUAAAAAUUCCAGUUGUUAAGGACAAAUAAUCUAGUUUGCUGUGCUUAAAUCUGAAGUCUCUGGGUCAUGGGGCUAGAGAGAUGGCUCAGCCAUUAAGAGCACUGGCUGCUCUUCCCAAGGCAUCUGCCCUCUUCUAGGCUCCUCAAGCAAACCCAUGGGACACAGACAGAAAUGCAGACAAAACACCCAUGAUACUCUGGGUCAUUAUAAACACUUUGUGUAUCUUCAAAGAUGCUGUAACUAUAAUUAUAUUAGCCAGGAUAAACCAAAUUAUGCUGUUUCAACCAAUAAUUCCUAAAUCUCAGUGAUUCUAUAUGAUGAAGGCAUCUUUCUCAUCCAUAUCUCAUGUCCCAGGUAGAUAGCAGGAUGCUUUCCUCCAUGUUGGACUGACUUAGCAACUAAGUUUCAAUAUUAGGAAUGUGCUGGUCAGGGAGAGGAGAAGAGUGUUGGGAGGGCGAGUGAGGAAAGGCAGAGUUGAAGAAUCUCAGGGAUAGCCAUGCGUUAGCCUAGAGAAGAGGCAUAGUUAGGAAAUUUCCUUAAGUCAACACUUCUCCCAUGUAUUUGAUCCUGGAAAGUCCCCAUAGAAGUUGAUUUGUGUCUAUGACAGUAGUGAAUUUCUAUAGCAGACGUAUUUCUAGUUGUUCUUGGGCACUCAAUAGGAGUACCUUUCUCUGCCUAAUGAUAUUUAUGCAGAAAAUGUCUAUACUAUUUUGUCUCAACAAAACCCCAACACUAUUCUAAUCCUUUGCAAAGGAAUUUUUUUCCAUCUUUAUUAAAUUGGGUAUUUCUUAUUUACAUUUCAGAUGUUAUUCCAACAUCCCCCUAACCCCUCCCCCUCUCCUUCUAUAUGGGUGUUUCCCUCCCCAUCCUCCCCCCAUUGCCACCCUCCCCUCAACAAUCACGUUCACUGGGGGGUUCAGUCUUGGCAGGACCCAGGGCUUCCCCUUCCACUGGUGCUCUUACUAGGAUAUUCAUUGCUACGUAUGAGGUCAGAGUCCAGGGUCAGUCCAUGUACAGUCUUUGGGUAGUGGCUUAGUCCCUGGAAGCUCUGGUUGGUUGGCAUUGUUGUACAUAUGGGGUCUCGAGUUCCUAGGAAUUUUUUAAUUUAUAAUUUGUCGAGCAUCCUAGUUCAUGUUCCAUGUCUUACUUUGUGCUAACUCUUUAACUCAUUUCAGCCUCAUAAUAAAUAAACUUACUGCUAUAGACUGAACAUUUGUAUUUCAAUAUAAGAAACAAAAGCACAUUUUGAAACUACAACUCUCAGGGUAAUGUUAGGAGAAGCAGCCUUUGGGAGGUGUGAAGAUCACAAGGACAGCUCCUUCCUACACUGUUCUUAGAAAAGCCCCCAAAGAGCUGGUUUGUCCUUCUGCUGGGUGGAGUACACUGGGAGGUCAUUAGCCUUCAAGUCGGAAGAGGAACCUCCCCACAAUCUGACCAUGCUGCUACCUGGUCCCUGCCAUUUUCAGCUACCAGAACUACAAGGAACACAUUUCUGGGUUUGUAAACAUUCCAACUGCUGGGAGGUUUUUCAUUCCUGCAGUCUCUAAGUGAACUAAGGCACAUCAAAUACACGUGGAGAGCAAAUGGACACAACUACUAGAGGAGUCAACUGCCAAGCAAAGGGGAUGGAACGUCCUGGGACCGUGAACAGACAGGUCACGAGACGGGAAGAUUUUACUUUGGUGGUCCUCUCUAAUCAAACCUCAAAAUAUUUAGGGGGAGUUCUAUUGGGACUUCCGUGAAGAAUCUUAGAGACUAAGCCGUUUACGUUACACAGAUAAUGAUAAAUCAAAACAGUUUAUUUGAUUCUAUUUCCAUUUCAUGGGUGUUGGUGUAUUGUGAAUUUAACAUUCCAUGGUUAAUAACUGGCGCUGGAAAUGAAUAUGGAGGCAGUUACCCUUUAACCAGUUAUUAUUCAAGUAGGAGACACAGAGACCUUUAGGGUUAUAUCAAGCCUUAAAGGACUGGAGCUGGGCAGAUAUCAACUCCCUAAGCUAUUUUCUGUUUCCAUUCCUUGAAUCUCAAUAUGUUACUUUCCAUAUGUUUUGUGUGUGCUGAUCCUGCUUCAUCAGGUUAGCCCUCAUGGUCCAUAUCACCCCAUGUUGACUUCCUUUCUCCUCCUCUACUUGCUCACCCCCCCACAUCCACCAUGGUCCCUGCCUGAGACCCCAAGCCUGGAAGACUUUAUCCCACCUACUUCUCUUCUGCUCAGCUACAGGCUGUCAGCCACUUUUAUUAACUAAUCAGGGAUAAUUGAGGGGUGAGGUCUCUAUAACAAAGGCUGGUGUAUGUGAGACUCUACCAGAGGGAAACAGAUCUUGGGAUACAGAAUAUAGCAUUUGAACACAUAGCAACAGACCACACCCCAACAUGUUGGUGUUUUGCCUGCAUGGAUGUCUGUGUGAGGGUGCUGGAUCCUCUAGAACUGAGUUACAGACAGUAUGAGCUGCCAUGUGGGUGGUGGGACUUGAACCUGGGUCCUCUGGAAGAGCAGCUGGUGCUUUUAACCACUGAGUCAUUUCUCCAGUCCCUAUUUUAUUGUGUUUAAUGAGCUUUUUACAUAAAGGAAUUAUUUUAAUAUACAUUUAUAAACUAUUUAAAUCACUGUUCAACUCCUCUAAGAACUUUAGCUCUCCCUACUCCUGACUUCAUGUCUGGGGAAGCCUUAAGAACUACAGAAAAAAAGGGUGACAGAGAUUAUAUUUAGGAUCUAGCAGAGCAGCUAGGGGCCAACUGCAGGUUUUAUUAGUGUCUAGAGUGUUUAUAUUCAGGUUAGGUUCUGGCCUGUUUUAAUGUUUCUGUGAUAUAAUAUUCUGACCGAAAGCAAUGUGGGGCCAAAGGACUACACUUAGACGAUGUCUCAGUCUACCUGUACUGAGGGAAGUUAGGCCAGAAACUGAAGGCAGGGAACCAAAGGAGAAACCAUGGAGGAACGGUUCUUACUGGCUCACUCCCAGGUUCAUGCUUAGCGAGCUUUUUCUCAGAGCCCAGGAUGAUCCGUGUCGAGAUGGUACCACAUGCAGUGAUCGAACCCUCCCACUUCAAUAAUCAAUCAAGAGAAUUCCUCAGAGAUAAGGCUGCAGGUCAGCCUGAUGGACAGAGCUGGAAUUGAGACGUUCUUGCUCUCAAACGACUCUGAGAAAACUUCUAGUUUAGGUAAGGGCCUCAACUGGAUGCCAAAAGAGGUAUUUUAUCAUUUGGCAAUUUGGUAAUACACUUUUGACUUUAUUAUAAUAGGAAUGUAUACCAAGACAGACAAACCCAACUCACAAGCUAAGGGUAUUAAGGAACAUUCUAGUCACAGGAAUUCUGAGCUCUGAAGAAAAGUUAUCCUUCCUAGUCUAUUCUGAUCCUGAGGUAAGAUGGUAGCCAAGAAAUAACUUGUUGUGUAAAGCGGGAUGGGCCUGUCUCGUCACUUCUGUGGGGUAGUACUAUUACCAGCGUUUUUUUUUUUUAAAAUAAGAGUAAACAACAUUUUUUAAAUUCUAGGUCUGGUGGGAGGAAAGCCAGGAAUCAAAUCUGAGUCCAACAGACCUCACCACUGUGUGAUUUCCCAUGGCAUUGACAUAGAAGCUGCUUUGCUCCCCAGAAGCCUCCAUCAGAUGAGGUCUCCUAUGUUAGAGAGAUAGCACUAUUGACUUUCAGAGGUUAAAGCUUGUUCUAUGUCAGUCAGUAAAUGCCAAGUGGGCAUUCAAACGUAUGCGUCCCAGCCUCCAAAAGCCUUGUAUUUCCAUAGCAACUCCUGAGAAGAUGCAACAAUGCUAAGGGAGGUGUGUUCAGAGUGACCAGCAAUAAUCAUAAAAGCCCUCCACAUGGUCACCUAUGUGCUUAGUAAAUCUGUUAAAAUAAGGACUGACCAAUAAAGCAUCCGAGGGAUUGGUAUAAAUGGCCCAAGAGAGUGAGAUAACUUCAAAACGUCAUUGGGCAGUGCCGACCACAUCGAUUCUCCUUUGCUCUUGGCAGGAUGAAGGGCCCCGCUCUUGCUCUGUUUCUCCUCUCAGUCCUGUUGGCUGUGGUGGAAGUAAGAAGCAGGCAGAUUGUGAUGCAGUUUUCUUAUCUUUUGAAUCAAAGCAGUUCAUUUGCAUGGGACUUCAGUGAGCUCAGCGUCUGUGGUCAGAGCAGUGAAGGCCAUAGAAAGGCCAGACAUCUGCACAUGGAUGAUUACAGCAUGUAUGAGGUUAGAGUUCAGGCAACUGAGGCAAGAAACCACCUCCAGCUCCUAGACAGACAGGAGACAUCUAAGGAAACUCUGGAGCACAACCUUCCCAAGAUGUGUAUCCGACAGGAAGGUCUUUGGGAACUGAAGAAGCACUUGGUAGCAUCCAGACGAGAUUGGCGAGCUCUGUGCUGCAGGGAAGGCUGCUCCAUGAGGGAGCUCAGCAUCCUGUGUUAGGAAGCAUCCAGCCCCACAGUGGGCUUUAGCAUGUAUCUCAAUGUCCUACCAUGGAGUCCCGCAUCCAGCUUCUGUCACUACAGCCAUAGCUUUUAGGUAGAUGGUCCAUUCCUAAAAGGUCUAUUGUGGCUUAAAGCCACUCUUCUCCCUCUGCCAAGGCCAAUCCACUCUUCUUUCUAAAUUCUAAGUGCUGUGCAGAAUUGCAAUAAAAAUGCCUGGAUCCAAGCUCACUGUGAUUCUUUUCCCUUAAAAAAUUGUUACAGGGGGUGGAGAGAUGUCUCGGUGGUUAAGAGCACUUGUCAUUCUUGUAGAAGUCAUGGGUUCAAUUUCCAGCAACCACACAAUUGCUACACUUAUCUGUAGCUUCAGUUCUAGGGGAAUCUGAUUCCUUCUCUGGUUUCCACUGGCACUUACUUAGUCUGCAUGGGGUACGCAGACAUAUAUAUGUAGGCAAAGGACUCAUACAUGUAAAAUAACAUAUAUGUAUAAGUCUAAAAACGUUAGAGGCAGUUGACUGACGAUGCUCCAGUGAAAAACUUAUACCAAAGGACUAGAGAGAUGAACCAGUAGUUAAGAACACUGGCUGUUCUUCCAGAGGACCUUGGUUCAAUUACCAGAACCACAUGACAGUUUACAACUAUCUGUAAAUGCUGUUCCAGGGGAGCUGACACCCUUUUCUGGCCUCCUUAGGCACCAGACAUGUAAGUAUUGCAAAGAUAUACAUGCGGAAGAACAUCUAUACACAUAAACAAAUAUUUAAAACCAAAUUAAGAUGAAAGUCUUACCGCACUGAAAAUAAUGGUCCCCCUUGCAGUCUUACAUUCUUCUUGGUCGUAUGAGCAAUAAGGGCCCUGGAACUGGAGUUACAGAUGGUAGUGAGCCACCAUGUGUUUCUGGGAAACAGACUGCUGUGCCAUCUGCCCAGCGCCAACCCAGCCAGCUUUUACUACAGGGGAUUCAAAGCCUCCCCUUCCAGUGAUGGGGUAACAUUGGAGAGACUGCUGUGCCAUCCCAUAGGCAGCAACUAUGCUUCUCUUAAGCAUGGAUGCAGCUUUGAAAUAUGGAUCAUCAUCCUUCAGCUCCUCCAAAAGACUUCUGGGACCACACCUCUACGGGGCAUCUGUGGCGGGAGAGCAGAGCAGAGAGAGGGGCAUGAAGAUUAGCACAUGAAAGAGUUAUUGGGAAAUGACAAGACUCGCCACCACCAAGAGAUACAUGAAAGGAACAGCGCAUACACAACAUGCAAAUACAGAAGAAGGUGGGCACUAAAUGGCCUAUAAAAGGUCCAGAAUCUUUGGUCCAGGGCCUUUGAGCCUUGGACCUUUUCAGCUCUAUGUCCCACUUGUACUUUCCGAAAUGCUUUGUUUUUAAAUAAACUAUCUCAAAGCUAGGUGUGGUGCUGCGUGCCUCUAAGCCCUGCAGUUGGUAAGAUGGAGCAAACUGAUCUCUGUGAGCUUGAGGCCAGCCUUGUCUACAGAGUGAGUUCCAGACGAUACCCUGUCUGAAAAACACACACAGACACACAGACACACACACAGACACAUACACACACACAGACACAGACACACAGACACAGACACACACACAGACACAGACACACACACACAGACACACACACAGACACACACAGACACACACACACACACACUCACACACACAGACACACACACUCAGACACAGACACAGACACACACACACAGACACACACACACACAGACACACACACACUCACACACAGACACACACAGACACACACACACUCACACACAGACACACACACAGACACACACACAGACACACACACUCACACACACACACACUCACACACACUCACUCACACACACACACUCACACACACACUCACUCACACACACACAGACACACACACACAGACACAGACACAGACACACACACACAGACACACACACACAGAGACACACACUCACACAGAGACACACACAGAGACACACACACAGAGACACACACACAGACACACACACACACUCACACACACAGACACAGACACACAGACACACACACACACACACUCACUCACACACACCCCUAUAAGUGUUGCAGCUCUGAAGGGAAAGGCAUCCUGGUGAUCCUGGUAGAGUCUGGAGCCAAGGAAUACCCCAAAAUAACACUGCACAACAAGCCUCACACAAGAGACAUUGUGGGGAAAGACACAAGAGGGUAGCUACCUCUGCUUGGGGGAGAAGCAGCAAAGAACUGAGUGGCUUUAUAAAGGGAUUUUUGGGAAGGCAGAAUGAGGAUUUCCAGGGUGGCCUAGGAUUGGUGGGAUUUUGUGGUCAGAUAUUGAAUUGUUUUUGUUUGUUUGUUUGUUUGUUUUUCUGUAGGGUGGAGCUUAGCUAUCUGUGUCUCCAGAGCUGGGGCAAUUAGAGCAAUCUGGGGGUGUGGCCUGGCCACUUGCUUAUCUCAAGGGGUUUACUCACUCUACCAUCACUACAACCACCACCACCACCACCACCACCAAGCUGUAUCCAUUUCUACCAUUGCAUCCCUGGUCCAGAUCAUUACUCUUUGAUACAAGAACGUGGAAAUCCUAGUGGUGCCUUCUGACCCCUCAUCUAUACCUAGCACAGCAGGAAAAGAUAAAAACAUGAUUACAAAUAAAAUAGAACCAGUUUCUAAAUCAUCACUCAGAAAUAAAUAAACACUUAACUUUUGAGUUAAAACGCAUUAUUUCUGAGAAACAGAACAAUGAUGUUCUCAAUCUAAACACAGUGUUUUUCUCAAAGGACUUCAGAAUGCUCAAAGUGUUUUCUGACAUUGCCUUUCAUGAUUCCAAGAAUAGGUAGGGGCAAUUACACACCAGCCGUCUCCCAUAAGCUGCAGGCAUUCAGAGUAAGAGUAAUGUUCUCCUUCUUGUAGCCUAAGCUUCCUUUAUUUUGCCUGUGUCUUACAGAGAUAAAAGGACUUUUCAUUCUUAUCCUAGCACUUGAGAAACCAAGGCCUUGCUGAUGAAGCCAUUGUUAUGCAGUUGGAUGUCUUUCUAGAUAAGGGAGAAAAUAGGGCUCUCACAAAACAUUUUCACCUCUUACACUGUCAGCUGACUCCUCUAAGUGGGUUGGGAUAAUAGUCAGGAUCCAUUCAGCCCAGUGCUGAUCUUAGUAAUGCUGUCUAUGAACGCCAUCAAUGAAAUGUUGGGUGCUCAUUGUGAUUUGUCUUUAAAUGUCACCUCCACACAUCAGCUGCAGUUAACUUGAAAGGAAGGGGCAGUAGAGAAAGCUGAAUAUAUGAAUGGAGGGUGUUUCUGGAUACACAGUGAACUGAUUAGUGUGAAUCAAGGCAGUCUUGCCAAACUUGCUAAUGUUCAAAAUUUGUAUGACCAUUUGGCAUUCCUAAGGUAGCAUGUUAGAUAUUACCAGAAGGAGGUCUGUGGAGACGGAGCCCUCUCUCUUAAUCAGCAGCUUAUGAAACCAAAAAUGAAAUUUCAAGACUGUUCAUUGAUCAGAAGAAUGGGAUCUAAGUCAUUGGUCCUGUCCUUGAUGGAGCAGUCAUUCUGAACUAUCUGAAAGGCCAUUCAUGGAUAGCUUCUAUACCUUAUGAGCAUAUGAUUUGGAGACUGGAAAGAUGGGUCGGUGGUUUAAAAAGGCUGGCUGCUCUUCCAGAGGACUUAGGAUCAAUUCCAAUUCUAGAGGAUCCAAAGCUCUUCUGGUCUCUGUGGGCAUCAGGCAUGUAAAUGAUACACAGAUAUAUGUGCAGCAGACACAUGUACACAUAAAAGAAAAACAAUCUUAAGAAUAUGACUGUUAAGAGACUUUCUUAAAGAAUGAGAAUUCAGUUGUUCUUUUGAAAGAAAGCCAAUCCAAAUGACCCGUCAAUCAUCUGGAUAGGCAUA